GAGUAGUAUCUGUAAAGGAGGUGUUUCGUUGUUGCGUAUACACGUUCGUGCCUGAGUUUGCGCGUUGGCUGGGUUCUGCUGCGUGAAUGAUGGCUGCGUCGAAGCCCGUAGAGCCUCAGUCCGGGAGUGGGCUCCCCCGUUGGCAGCUAGCUCUCCUGGUUGGGACUCCGAUUGUCCUCGGUGUCGGAGCUGUCUACUUGUGGAACCGAAGUCGCGGCAAAGAGAAGCAAGGGAAAAGAAAUGGGGAGAGGAAAACCCCCGAAGGAAGCGCUAGCCCUGUCCAGGGCCAGCACGGUGCGAUCAAUCCAGAGCUGGAGAACAUGAGUCCCCUUGACAAAGCACAGUCUGCUAAGAAUAAGGGCAACAAAUACUUUAAGGCUGGCAAAUAUGAGUUGGCGAUCCAGUGCUACACCAACGCUAUCAGCCUAUGUCCCAAAGAACAGAAAGGAGAUCUGUCCACCUUCUACCAGAAUAGAGCUGCAGCCUACGAGCAACAGCUGAAAUGGACAGAAGUGAUACAAGAUUGCUCUCAGGCAGUUGAGCUGAAUCCUUGCUAUGUAAAAGCCCUUUUUAGGCGUGCCAAAGCACUGGAAAAACUGGGUAACAAGAAGGAGUGUUUAGAAGAUGUGACAGCAGUAUGUAUUCUUGAGGUUUUCCAGAACCAGCAGAGCAUGCUGCUGGCAGACAAGGUUCUGAAACAGCUGGGGAAAGAGAAGGCCAAAGAAAAAUACAAGAACCGGGAGCCCCUUAUGCCAUCUCCUCAGUUCAUCAAGUCCUACUUCAGCUCCUUUACUGAUGACAUAAUUUCACAGCCUUUACAGAAGGGGGAAAAGAAAGAUGAGGAUAAAGACAAAGAGGGUGAGGCCUCGGAGGUUACAGGAAGCUCAGGUUUCCUAAAGGCUAAGCAGUAUAUGGAGGAGGAGAACUACGAUAAGAUCAUCAGUGAGUGCACUAAGGAGAUCGAGUCUGGAGGCAGAUACACAGCCGAAGCUCUUCUACUGAGAGCCACCUUCUACCUACUGAUAGGCAACGCUACAGCUGCACAGCCUGAUCUUGACCGUGUCAUCAACAUGGAUAAUGCUAAUGUCAAGUUACGUGCUAAUGCACUCAUUAAACGUGGAAGCAUGUACAUGCAGCAGCAGCAGCCCCAGCUCUCCACGCAAGACUUCAACAUGGCUGCAGAGAUCGACCCCCGUAAUGCAGAUGUCUACCACCACAGGGGACAGUUGAAGAUUCUGCUGGAUCAGGUAGAGGAGGCUGUGGGAGAUUUUGAUGAGUGUAUAAAGCUUCGACCAGAUUCUGCACUUGCCCAGGCCCAGAAGUGUUUUGCGUUGUACCGGCAGGCCUACACUGGAAACAACUCAUCCCAGGUUCAGAAAGCCAUGGAUGGUUUUGAGGAUGUCAUUAGGAGGUUUCCAAAGUGUGCUGAGGGAUAUGCUCUGUAUGCACAGGCACUAACAGACCAGCAACAGUUUGGUAAAGCAGAUGAAAUGUAUGACAAAUGUAUUGAACUAGAGCCAGACAAUGCCACAACAUAUGUCCACAAAGGUCUGUUGCAGCUUCAGUGGAAACAGGAUCUGGAAAUGGGCCUUGAACUCAUUAGCAAAGCCAUUGAAAUUGACAAUAAGUGUGACUUUGCUUAUGAAACCAUGGGAACCAUUGAAGUCCAAAGAGGCAAUCUGGACAAGGCUAUAGACAUGUUCAACAAGGCCAUCAACUUGGCCAAGUCAGAGAUGGAGAUGGCUCAUCUCUACUCCCUGUGUGAUGCUGCUUAUGCCCAAACAGAGGUGGCCAAGAAGUAUGGGCUCAAGCCUCCCACGCUGUAACUCUUGCCUCCUUUUGCCACUCUGCUGCCGGGCCACAGGACACAUCCCAUAACCCAUUGUUUUGUUUUUUUACUUCAUCAUAAAGAUGAUUAUUAUCAAUGAAAAGGAUGGCCGGACAGGUUCUGCUACUAAAUGUUUACACCAGUUUUUAUUUGAGUACUGGAAGGUGGCACAGAAAAUGGUGGAGGAGCAGCAAAAAGAAACAAGAUAAAGUAAAAAGCAAGUGCAAAGGACUGAUGGCUGCUUUGUUUGAUAUCAAAUCAUCAGUGGCAUAGUUCACAUCCUCCCUCAUUGAGUAUGGCUUAGGCUGUUUUUGCAACAGUACGCAUUUGUUCAUGUUCAGCCUCCCCUGCCAACUGGUGACAUAAAUGUGAAUCUUUUUGAUUAUAUAAUCUUAAUUUAAUGGUCAAUUAUGGACAUUGGGGUCCUUAAUCACCAAUAGAACAUUACUUUUUACUUUCUUAUUUUCUUUCGUCCAUCCAAGACACCAGAUCGAGUAAGUUUAUACCAUUAUACCAGUGUAUACCAUCAGCAGGACUGCAUUGUUAAGUCAUGGUUUGAAGCUGUAAUAUGCACAAGUUUUGUCCUUUCACUGUCACAUCCUAGCAACCUUAUUUACGGUCUUUGCUGUAUGGAAAGUGAAGGAUUAAAGUUUUAGAUGAGAUGUAUUUGUGUUAUAAAUCUGUUCUUGAUGUGUCACUGCCGUGAUGACACUGUGUUUUUAAGAAUGGGAAUAUAUUGAGGUUUAAUGUAAAAUUUAGCCAUACAGAUAUUCUUUUUUUUUUUUUUUUUUCAGGGGAUUUCUUUUUUUUACAUUGUGCUGCAUUUUAUAAUGCAUGUCAAUACAAAUUAUAAUAUCCUAUAGAGCAUAUAAAAAUAAAUAGUAUAACUAAUUCAAAGCCCUUUUAGCCCUGUACAAGAAUUUUGCUGUGAAAUCACCUUGCCUAUCUCUUCAAACUGAGGCACUAAAGUGUUAAAUGUUAAAAACGUAGCUGUGAGAAACUUAAUGUUUCAUUUUUGUGCAAGAACAUGAAUGAAUGUAGAAAAAAAUAUGAAUCACCAAAAUUGCAUUCCUCUCAUUUUAUCUUCCAAACUGCACAUUACAAACUGCUGUUUGUAUUUAGUUUAGUUUCUCUGUGAAAUAAAAAUGUAAUUGAGGCGUAUUUUUGAAGAAUUGCUCCAUUCUUUUUAAAUCUUCAUGCAAGAAAAUAAAAGAAACACCUUACAUUUGGCAACUAA